GCAAUGGUGGAAAUCUGGAAACUCGGCAUUGCUUUAUCGAAUCAAUCGGCAAACAAGUGAUAAGGAGAAGGAGAGAUCUGCGUGAUUCUAGAUAUGAGCAAGCUUAGAUUCGUCAAUAGUCUCCUAAUUUCGACGGCGAUCUGCUUUUUCCUUCCGUCGAUCGCCGCUAGAGGUGGCCACUCCGACUAUAUCCACCCAGGUGAUGGGAAUUUUAGUUUUCAUGGUACUGUGAGGCACUUAUUUGCUCAAGAAGAGACUCGACCGAGUUUGGAAUUAACUCGUGGAUACAUGACUAAUGAUGAUCUUGAGAAAGCAAUGAAGGAUUUCACCAAGAGAUGUAGUAAGAUUUCGAGAUUAUACAGCAUCGGAAAGAGUGUCAAUGGAUUUCCUUUGUGGGUCAUUGAGAUUUCAGACAGGCCUGGAGAGAUAGAGGCUAAACCUGCAUUCAAGUACAUUGGGAAUGUACAUGGAGAUGAACCUGUUGGGCGUGAGCUCUUAUUACGUCUUGCAAACUGGAUUUGUGAUAACUACAAGAAGGAUCCGUUGGCUCAGAUGAUUGUAGAAAAUGUUCACCUUCAUAUAAUGCCAUCAUUGAAUCCAGAUGGCUUUUCAUUCAGGAAGCGUAAUAAUGCAAACAAUGUGGAUCUAAAUCGCGACUUCCCUGACCAGUUCUUUUCUUUCAAUGAAGACUUGAAUUUGAGGCAACCUGAAACUAGGGCAAUUAUGACUUGGCUGAGAGAUAUACGAUUCACAGCGUCGGCUACUCUGCACGGGGGUGCGCUGGUCGCAAAUUUUCCAUGGGAUGGUACAGAUGAUAAGAGGAAAUACUAUUAUGCAUGUCCUGAUGAUGAGACAUUCCGGUUCUUGGCACGUAUAUAUAGCAAAUCUCACCGUAACAUGUCUUUGAGCAAAGAAUUUGAGGAAGGAAUCACAAAUGGAGCAUCCUGGUACCCAAUUUAUGGUGGCAUGCAAGACUGGAAUUACAUACAUGGAGGAUGCUUUGAAUUGACUCUGGAAAUAAGCGACAACAAGUGGCCUAGAGCCUCAGAGCUUCCCACCAUUUGGGAUUACAAUAGAAAGAGCAUGCUGAAUCUUGUUGCAAGCCUAGUGAAGACAGGAGUUCAUGGGCGGAUCUUUUCAUUAGACCAGGGAAAGCCACUGCCUGGGUUUGUUGUGGUCAAGGGAAUUAACUAUACGGUUAAAGCUCAUCAAAGGUACGCAGACUAUCAUCGGUUGCUUGCACCUGGUCAGAAAUAUGAAGUCACAGCAUCAUCCCCAGGAUACAAAUCGAAAACAACAACUGUUUGGUUAGGUGAAAACGCUGUUACCGCUGAUUUCAUUCUCAUCCCAGAAACAAGUUCCCGAGGCAAUCUACUGAGAAGCAGCUGCGACUGUAGCUGUAAAAGCUGCGGUUCAAGCUGGGGAGAUGUAGUUGAAGAUCUGGAACGUCUUGAGGUUGUUCCGUUAAAAGGAGCUAUGACUAACGAGGUUUAUCAGAUUAAUUGGCCUACUUUAAACGGCGAAGAUGUUCACCGGAAAGUUCUUGUUCGGAUCUACGGUGACGGCGUUGACCUUUUCUUUAACAGAGAUGAUGAAAUCAAAACCUUUGAGUGUAUGUCUCAUCAUGGUUAUGGUCCUAAGCUUCUUGGUCGCUUCUCUGAUGGUCGUCUUGAAGAAUUUAUCCACGCAAGAACUCUUUCUGCAGAUGAUCUUCGUAUAGUCGAAACAUCUGAUUUCAUCGCUGCGAAACUAAGAGAGUUUCAUAAGCUUGAUAUGCCUGGUCCAAGGAACGUUCUUCUCUGGGAAAGACUCAGGACUUGGCUUAAGGAGGCUAAGAACUUGGCUUCACCAAUAGAGAUGGAUGAGUAUCGGUUGGAAGUUAUGGAAGAUGAAAUCAAUUUGUUGGAAGAGAGACUUACUAGGGAUGAUCAAGAGAUUGGUUUCUGUCACAACGAUCUUCAGUACGGAAAUGUCAUGAUUGAUGAAGAAACCAAUGCCAUUACCAUCAUAGACUAUGAGUAUUCGAGUUUCAACCCAAUUGCUUAUGACAUUGCAAACCACUUCUGUGAGAUGGCUGCUAAUUACCAUUCAGACACUCCUCAUGUUCUGGAUUACACUCUAUAUCCAGGAGAAGAAGAAAGGAGAAGGUUCAUUAGCACAUAUCUUGGCUCUACAGGGAAUGCAACAAGUGAGGAAGAAAUAGAGAUGUUAUUGACUGAUGCAGAGAGCUACACUUUAGCAAACCAUAUCUUCUGGGGCUUAUGGGGAAUCAUCUCGGGACAUGUGAACAAGAUUGAGUUCGAUUACAUGGAAUAUGCAAGGCAGAGAUUUGAACAGUACUGGCUAAGAAAGCCUUUGCUUCUGGAUUUACCUUGAAGGAUGAAGCAGAUUCGCAUUGAAAAGCCAAUAUACAACUAAAAGUUUCUGCAAUUAGAUCAAAAGAAGAAGAGAAGUUAGGUGAAUAUAUGUUGCUAUUGUUGUUACUCUCAUCAGUUUAUGUGUUUCUUCCCUUGUAUAUAGAGGUUUGUUAACUUUCAAAACAGUUAAAUUGAGUAAAACUUGUUUUAAUAAAAUUAUUAUACCAGU